UCAGCGAUAGACAACCAAGAGUCGGAAGCACGCGCGCGCGCGCCAAAUUUUCAAUCGAUUUGUUUGUUUCAUUAAUUUUGUGGCUUUUACGUGUCAUCAUGGAGGGAUGAUUCGUCUCCUUGUUUUUUCGGAUCGUUUACCGCUCUUCAAUCUCGUUUAAAAAGUAAUUCGAUUGAAAACGUUACUCGUUCGUUGUUUUCUCCUUCGCGGAUAUUUGGUUUUUGUGCUUUUAGAACUGUUUUUAUCGAGUGCCACGCGCAACGGGAAACGAAUUCGGAACUUUUGACAGCUUCGCCGACACAGUGCUCCCGAGGAGAUAGCCACGAUGGUGUCACUCGCCACGGUGACGAGAACAACGGCACUGAUUUGCUUGGCUUUUAUACUCGUUGGAAUCCUACAAAAUGUCGAAGGCGCAAGGAAAAGGUUCCGGAGGCCAACGACCCAGUCGUCUCUGAGCAGCGAUCAAGAAGCAUCGGCGAGUGUGAACAGAUUCAAAGUUACGCGUAACAGGCUGUCCAACAAGAGUCACAAGAAUGAGCUGCAGUCUGGAAAAUCGUCAGAUUACAAGAUCGUGUGUUACUACACAAACUGGUCGCAGUAUCGAACGAAAAUCGGUAAAUUUACGCCCGAGGACAUCCAGCCCGACCUCUGCACUCACGUCAUAUUUGCGUUCGGUUGGCUGAAGAAAAAUAAACUGACGAGUUUCGAGUCGAACGACGAGACUAAAGAUGGAAAAGUUGGACUUUACGAGAGGAUCACGAACCUCAAAAAGGCCAAUCCGUCCUUGAAGAUUCUUCUUGCGAUCGGUGGAUGGUCCUUUGGCACUCAAAAGUUCAAGGAAAUGUCGUCCUCCCGGUACGCCAGGCAGACUUUCAUUUACAGCGCGAUACCGUAUCUCCGCGACCGAGAUUUCGACGGGCUCGACAUCGACUGGGAAUACCCCAAGGGCGGCGACGACAAGAAAAAUUACGUUUUACUUUUGAAAGAGCUUCGCGAAGCCUUCGAAGCCGAGGCCCAAGAGAGGAAGAAACCACGACUGCUGCUCACCGCUGCAGUUCCCGUUGGCCCAGAUAACAUCAAAAGCGGAUACGACGUGCCCGCCGUUGCGAGCUACUUGGAUUUCAUAAAUUUGAUGGCUUACGAUUUCCACGGUAAAUGGGAGCGCGAGACUGGCCACAACGCGCCACUAUUCAGCUCCUCGUUGGAUUCCGAGUACCAGAAACAACUGAGCGUCGAUCACGCUGCCUCACUCUGGGUCAAGCUCGGAGCGCCGAAGGAAAAAUUAAUCAUAGGAAUGCCCACGUAUGGGAGAUCCUUCGUUCUUUCGAAUCCCUCCAAUUUCCGGGUCCACGCCGCUGCCAGCGGGGGUGGAAAAGCUGGCGAAUAUACCAAAGAAUCGGGCUUCCUCGCGUACUAUGAGAUUUGCGACAUGCUGACGAACGGAGCUGCUUAUGUCUGGGACGAUGAGAUGAAGGUACCCUACCUCGUGCAAGGCGAUCAAUGGGUAGGCUUCGACGACGAGAAAUCGAUAAGAAACAAAAUGGGUUGGCUGAAGAGCAACGGCUACGGUGGAGCCAUGGUGUGGACCGUCGACAUGGACGAUUUCAACGGUACCGCGUGUCCCGGGAACGUGAGGUAUCCUCUCAUCGGUGCCAUGAGAGAAGAGUUGCGUGGAGUUUCGCGCGGCAGCGGCGCCAAGGACGUCGAUUGGAGCUCCGUCGCUGGUACCAUCACCGAAACCAUCGUCGAGAAACCGGAACCAUACAAAAUAUCUGUUUCCGAGGUACUCAGCAAGGCCAAAAAGGUCACGAAAUCCAAUACGUUGGUCAUCAGCACUCCCGCUCGUGAAAGGGAACCUCAAACCAUCUGUUACCUGACGAAUUGGUCUCACAAACGGCCAUCCGGAGGACGCUUCAUGCCAGAGGACAUCGAUCCAACCCUGUGCACUCACGUCGUAUAUGCUUUUGCUACCCUCAAAGAUCAUCUGCUGAGUGAGGGCAGCGAGAAAGACGCUGAAAUGUACGAACGUUUGAUCGGAUUGCGCGAAAAGAAUCCCGACAUCAAGAUUCUACUGGCCAUCGGUGGCUGGGCUUUUGGUUCAACCCCCUUCAAGGAGCUCACUUCAAACACUUUCCGUAUGAAUCAAUUCGUUUAUGAAGCCAUAGAAUUCCUCAGGGAAUACAAGUUCAACGGUCUCGACGUCGAUUGGGAAUAUCCGAGAGGAGCCGACGAUCGUACUGCUUACGUGAACUUGUUGAAAGAACUGAGGAUGGCUUUCGAGGGUGAGGCGAAAAGUUCCGGGCAACCAAAACUCAUACUUUCGGCAGCGGUGCCAGCCAGUUUCGAGGCGAUCGCUGCAGGCUACGACGUGCCUGAAAUAUCGAAGUAUCUCGACUUCAUAAACGUCAUGACGUAUGAUUUCCACGGACAGUGGGAGAGACAAGUUGGCCACAACAGCCCGCUUUAUCCACUGGAAAGUGCAACGAGUUACCAGAAAAAACUCACUGUCGAUUUCAGUGCUCGAGAGUGGGUGAAACAAGGAGCUCCCAAAGAGAAAUUGAUGAUCGGUAUGCCAACUUAUGGCAGAUCGUUUACUCUCGUCGAUAAAGACAAAUUUGACAUUGGAGCACCAGCUUCCGGUGGCGGUACGCCCGGCACUUUCACCAACGAGUCUGGAUUCCUUUCCUAUUACGAGGUUUGUACGUUUUUGAACGAGGACAACACGACCCUUGUUUGGGACAGCGAGCAGCAAGUGCCUUUCGCGUACAGGGACGAUCAAUGGGUCGGAUUCGACGACGAAAGAAGCUUGAUCAAUAAGAUGGCGUGGCUGAAGGAAGAAGGCUUCGGAGGAAUAAUGGUCUGGUCCGUGGACAUGGACGAUUUCCGUGGAUCCUGCGGUGCCGGAAAAUAUCCGUUGAUCAAAGCAAUGAAGAAGGAGCUUCUCGACUACUCGGUGAAGCUCGAAUACGACGGACCUUACGAGACCGGAGUUCGAGGUGGAAAGUACACAACGAAAAAUCCGAACGAGGUGACCUGUGACGAGGAAGACAACCACAUAUCGUACCACAAGGACAAGAGCGAUUGCACGAUGUAUUACAUGUGCGAGGGUGAGAGAAAGCACCACAUGCCAUGUCCGGUGAACCUGGUGUUCAACCCGAACGAGAAUGUUUGCGAUUGGCCGGAGAACGUUGAGGGUUGUCUGCACCACACCCAGGCGCCACCGGUAUAAAUCCCAAAAAGUAUCCCUCCCGCCAAAAAAAAAAAGAAAAACGGAAAAUAAAAACGUAAUUAUUGUCGAAGAAAAGAAAGAAAAAGGAAAAAAAAAAAAAUUAUGCACCGCCGAGGAAUUGAAUCGCGUGCCAAAGGACGAGUCCAAAUUCCAA